UCCCGUGUGAGGUAUAGAUACAUCAGAGCUGCCAGCAACGAACGAUCAGUUGCUCGACCAAAGGCAUGCAACGAAACUAGUCACAGAUACAGCAACACUGUUUUAAGUCGUCGUGAAGGAGAAAAAAGAAAAAGAAGCCUUCCCAAUAAUGUUAUUCACAACUAGAAUAGUUCUUGUCUCAGUUUUUUUGUUAGUCUUUGGUCAAUUUUCGCGGUCCUUGCCGUUAGAGAAUCGCCGAAGAAAAGAUGAUAUCGAUUCGUUUUGGAGAAACCAACUCCUUACACCAGAAUGCCAGGGAGACGAUUGUAUACGGAAAGGAGAAGCAGCGCAAAGAACAUUCUCUUCGUGUCCUUUAGGAGCGCCGUGCACCCAAACGCUGGAAACACAAGAAAAGAGAAAUCCUUGCCUUACGAAAAGAUGUCAAGAAAGUCAACACACCAAGCGGACGAAAGAAUGUCAACAAGAUGAAGAAUGUWACAACAAAAGAAGUAGCAACAUAAAUAGAAGUGACAAAGAAAAAGAAUCACUGGGAUGUCCUUUAGGAGAAAACUGCGAGCGGACAACAUUAGRUUUCAAUAAUGACAAAUCUGAUAUUCGUUUUACAAGAAGCAAGCAGAACCAAGUGUUACAGCGAAGAACCGUUUCACU